CACAUGGCCGUGCCGAUAUGGUUCAUCUUGCUGGCCACCCUCGGCGCCGUCCAUGUCGCCGCCGCCGUCUUCCGCCUCAUCGCCGUCCUCUCGUCCGGCCUGCGCCGUCCCAAGGACCUCCGCCGCCGCUACGGCGAGUGGGCCGUCGUCACGGGGCCGACGUCCGGCAUCGGCCGGGCCAUGGCGCUGGAGCUCGCGGCUCGCGGCCUCGACGUCGUCCUCGUCGGCCGUGACCGCGCCAAGCUCCGGGAAGUCGCCGACGCCGUCACCCGGUCCCACGGCGUGCGGACCAAGACCGUGGUGUUCGACUUCUCCCUCGUGUCCACCGUGCAAGGUGAGAAGGCGAUGGCGGCGCUGAGGGAGGCGGUGGAGGAGGUGGACGUCGGGGUGCUGGUGAACAACGCCGGGGUGGUGAAGCCGGGCGCGAUGUUCCUGCACGAGGCGGACGUGGAGGCGUGGGUGAGGAUGAUUCGGGUGAACGACCUGGCCCUGACGAAGGUGACGGCGGCGGUGCUGCCGGGGAUGGUGGAGCGCCGGAGGGGCGCCGUCGUCAACAUCGGCUCGGCGUCGUCGUCGGUCCUCCCCUCCUUCCCUCUCUACUCCGUCUACGUCGGCACCAAGGCAUAUGUUGCUGAAUUCUCGAGGGGCCUCUCCGUGGAGUACAAGAGCAAAGGAAUCGACGUGCAAUGCCAGGUGCCGUUCCUGGUGGACACGAAGAUGAUAUCGGCAGCUGUGAGGGGCAAAUACGUGCCGCUGGUGGUGACGGCGGAGGAGUACGCCCGGGCGGCGGCGCGGAGCAUCGGCGACGGGCGGCGGGUGUGCGUGCCCAACACGGCGCACCGGCUCCAGCAGCUGCUGCUGCGGUGCACCCCGGAGUUCGCCGUCGACUGGUGCCUCCUGCGGCUCCACCUGCACCACCGCGCCGUCUUUCGGGCCAUUAGGUCCUCCUCCGGCCGGCGCUACUCCUCCACACACCGCACCCCGGAUGGUGGCCAGCCAGCAACUAAUUAA